CCCGCAGAGCCAUGGAGCUGGAGGCGCGGGCCGAGCCACGCUCCCCGCGGGCGGGGCGUGGGGAGGAGGAUGAGGAGCUGCGGCUCACCAAGCGGAGGAAAGUGCUAUGCUCCGAGUUCGCCGCCGUCACCAGCAGCGACGAGGCAGUGGCGAGCGGCUUCUUGGCGAGCAGCGGCUGGCACCUGGAGAGGGCGCUGGACGCUUUCUUCGAGGCGCCAAUGAAUGAGCAGGCGGCGGCAGCAGGAGAGGGCUCGGCGGGGCCCGGCAGCUGUAUUGACCUCACAGCAGAUGAAACUGCAAGUAAUACCAGCAGCAGCAGUGCAGGCUCCAAGCAACAAGAUGAUGACAGUAGCUUCUCGCUGAUAACCUGGAACAUUGAUGGGCUGGACCUGGAAAAUCUGCAGGAGCGAGCUAGAGGUGUCUGUUCGUACCUGACAUUAUACAGCCCAGAUGUCGUGUUUUUACAGGAGGUUAUCCCACCAUAUCUGUGUAUUCUGCAGAGGAGAGCAGGCGGUUACACCAUUAUUCCAGGUAAUGUAGAUGGCUAUUUCACUGCCAUGCUGUUGAAGAAGCCCAGAGUGAAAGUACUAAAGCAGGAGAUAAUACGUUUUCCAACCACUUCCAUGAUGAGGAACCUUUUGGUUGUGCAUGUGAAC